UUAAUGCAGCAGUAAGAGCAGUUUGUAGUACAUUUUUGGAUACACAUAAAAGGGAUGCGAAGGCUUGUGAUACACUUCAUCCAAAUGAAUUAAAUACUCCAACGUGUUCGUGCUCGCAAGAUUACAUUGAUGCUUAUACUUGUUAUUACCUCUGCAUGCUUUACGCUACUCCUCCUUAUAAUGCUUAUAAGCCUCAAUGUAAGCAUUGGCCCUAUGAAAAAUAA